AACUCUACUACUGAAAAUACUGCCAAGACUCCCAACUUAAAAUUCACUCAAUUUGAAAUUAAUACAUCGAAAUUUGUCUUCCAGACUUUAUAUGUAAUAUUCGUAUAAAAAUGCCGACAUAUGAACUUGCUUUAUUGUUACGAAACAUGCCGAAACCUGAAUUAAAAACUUCAUUGAAGAGGAUCUCACAUGCUAUAUUCGAUUGCGGAGGAAUCAUCAGAAACAUAGAAAAUUUAGGAUUUCGACCAAUGCCUUACAAGUCCACUGCACAUGGUAUGACCCACAAAGAAGCCAACUAUUUUAUCUUUAAGAUAGAUACACCCACCAAAGCAGUUAUAGACUUGAAAGAGGAAUACAAAAGAGACGUUGACAUAGUGCGACAAAGAUUUUUCAAAAUCAAAGAAGAAGAAAGAAAAGCUUGUACUUUAGAGGAGGAACUUCUGCCUCCUGCAUAUCGUGAAGAUGUUCAAAAAAUGAUACAGAUCGGUAAAACACAAGUGAAUAGAUUUACAUAUAAGUUUAAAUAUAAUUCUGGUUUAGAUUACUAUCCUUUCCAAAAGUGAGCAGAAAAGUGUAUUGUUUCUUUAAUUGUGCAAUAAAAUAAAUUGAAGUCUAGAUAGCUAUGGAAAUCUAUGUUUUAUUUGAA